AUGCAGUCCAUAACAAGGUCCCAUGGACGCGAUGUCACGCGAGCUUCCGAAGAUUAUAUCGUCAGGCAGCCUCCAGACUCAUCGGAGGGGGUAGAAGAUUUCGACGAUGAAAAUCACAGUAGCCUACUCCCGUAUCAGAACAGAACAGCCACAAACCCGGAAAAUGGCGGUUUGAAGUGGUCCAACCUUCUCACGAGGUUGCUGAAUUCCAGGAGAACCCGCACGCUUCUGCUCGGCCAGAUUGUCUUCGGCACAUUUCUUGCAAGCUGCCCAAUUCCUCGUCUCUAUUUGAAUCAUGCCUUCCGGGUCAUAUUCAUAUCAAUCAUGGCCGCUUUGGUCACUUGCCCGAGUCCGCGUCGAGCUGGGCACUCCAAAGAGCGCUUGACACAAGAGCUUUUCAACGCAUUCGGAUUUUGUCUUUCCAUGUACGCCAUAUUUGGUGCCGCAGACGAGGUCCACAUUGAUUGGCAGUGGCAUUCCCUGCUGGCGUGCCGGACGUACGAUGGCUAUCAGCCAGGGUACCUCAGCAGAGUGAUGUUCAUCUAUAUCGGGCUUCGUCUUCAGAGGUACGCUGGUCUUCAUUCCCAAAGCCGCAUUCUGGGAGCUUAUCUUUUGAGCCUUGUUUGGGUGUAUGCGGAUUUUCCUACGACCAUCUUCGACCAUGCACGGGGGAGAGUGAAUUGGUAG